GUUGCUAAGCACCGACGUCGGCUUCCUCGUCUCUGAUUGGUUCUCCUCCAAGGGAGGCAGGGUUUAAGCGCGGCGCGCAUGCGUGCGGGCAAGAAUGGAGGAGUCGGAACCCGAACGCAAGCGGGCUCGCAUCGAUGAGGCGACUGGCGCAGGAAGCCGUUCGGAGGCGGAGGAUGAGGACGACGAAGACUACGUACCCUACGUGCCGUUGCGACAGCGCCGGCAGCUGCUGCUCCAGAAGCUGCUGCAGCGACGGCGCAAGGGAGCGGCGGAGGAGGAGCAGCAGGACAGCGGCAGCGAGCCCCGGGGGGAUGAAGAUGACAUCCCGCUGGGUCCCCAGUCCAACGUCAGCCUCCUGGAUCAGCACCAGCACCUCAAGGAGAAGGCGGAAGCUCGCAAGGAGUCUGCCAAGGAGAAGCAGCUGAAGGAAGAAGAGAAGAUUCUGGAAAGUGUGGCCGAGGGCCGAGCCUUGAUGUCCGUGAAGGAGAUGGCAAAGGGGAUCACCUACGAUGACCCCAUCAAAACCAGUUGGACCCCGCCCCGGUACGUGCUGAGCAUGUCUGAGGAGCGGCACGAGCGGGUCCGGAAGAAGUACCACAUCCUGGUGGAGGGGGACGGAAUCCCGCCCCCCAUCAAGAGCUUCAAGGAGAUGAAGUUUCCCGCAGCCAUCCUGCGGGGCCUGAAGAAGAAAGGCAUCCUGCACCCAACGCCCAUUCAGAUUCAGGGCAUCCCCACCAUACUCUCGGGCCGGGACAUGAUCGGCAUCGCCUUCACGGGCUCCGGCAAGACCCUGGUGUUCACGCUGCCCGUCAUCAUGUUCUGCCUGGAGCAGGAGAAGCGGCUGCCUUUCUCUAAGCGCGAGGGGCCCUACGGCCUCAUCAUCUGCCCGUCGCGGGAGCUGGCGCGGCAGACGCACGGCAUCCUGGAGUACUACUGCCGCCUGCUGCAGGAGGACAGCUCCCCGCUCCUGCGCUGCGCGCUCUGCAUCGGGGGCAUGUCGGUCAAGGAGCAGAUGGAGACCAUCCGACACGGAGUGCACAUGAUGGUGGCCACCCCGGGGCGCCUCAUGGACCUCCUUCAGAAGAAGAUGGUCAGCCUGGACAUUUGCCGCUACCUGGCCCUGGAUGAGGCCGACCGCAUGAUCGACAUGGGCUUCGAGGGCGACAUCCGGACCAUCUUCUCUUAUUUCAAGGGCCAGCGGCAGACCCUGCUCUUCAGCGCCACGAUGCCCAAAAAGAUCCAAAACUUUGCCAAGAGCGCCCUGGUGAAGCCGGUCACCAUCAACGUGGGCCGCGCCGGCGCUGCCAGCCUGGACGUCAUCCAGGAGGUGGAGUACGUGAAGGAAGAGGCCAAGAUGGUGUACCUGCUUGAGUGCCUGCAGAAGACGCCCCCGCCGGUGCUCAUCUUUGCCGAGAAAAAGGCGGACGUGGACGCCAUCCACGAGUACCUGCUGCUCAAGGGGGUGGAGGCCGUGGCCAUUCACGGAGGCAAAGACCAGGAGGAGCGCACCAAGGCCAUCGAGGCCUUCCGGGAGGGUAAGAAGGACGUCCUGGUGGCCACGGACGUUGCCUCCAAGGGCCUGGACUUCCCCGCCAUCCAGCACGUCAUCAAUUACGACAUGCCUGAGGAGAUCGAGAACUACGUGCACCGGAUUGGCCGCACGGGGCGCUCGGGAAACACGGGCAUCGCCACCACCUUCAUCAACAAGGCCUGUGAUGAGUCGGUGCUGAUGGACCUCAAAGCGCUCCUGCUGGAGGCCAGGCAGAAGGUGCCGCCCGUCCUCCAAGUGCUGCACUGCGGGGACGAGUCCAUGCUGGACAUCGGCGGAGAGCGCGGCUGUGCCUUCUGCGGCGGCCUGGGUCACCGGAUCACCGACUGCCCCAAGCUGGAGGCCAUGCAGACUAAGCAAGUGAGCAACAUCGGCCGCAAGGACUACCUGGCCCACAGCUCCAUGGACUUCUGAGCGGCCAGCGCCCCCCGGAGGGCGCCCGCCACCAGCACCCCCACGCCAAAGCCAGCGUCCGCGGCCCAGCUGGGCUGGGCCACCCAGGCCUGGCUGCCUCUACCCCCCCUCCAGCCCCAACCCCGGCCCCCGCCCAGAAUGAUUUAUUUUUGUUCCCUGCUGCCAGUAAAGCACAAACCGUGUUGGGCGCUCUGCCCUGGCCCAGC